GUUCUGAGUGCGCACGCGCGAAAGUAAGUUCUCUUCCCGGCAAAAUGGCGCUGAGUUUAGUGUGCGGCCGCCGGCAGCUUCUGCGCCUCCUACGGCCUCAGCGUUCGUUCCACAGCGUCGCAGGGUCCCAGAAACCGCUGGCCACCGAGCUCCUCGUCGCAGCCCGCCUGGGUAGUGGGCGGCCACACUACGCUCUGCUCGCCUUAAGUCCUCGCUGCAUCAGUACUUCCGCUACCUUCUUUGCAGAAGCCCAGGUCCAGGCACCUCCUGUUGUUCCCGCCACCCCCACCCCUCCUGCAGUACCCGAGGUGGCUUCCGGAGGAGCUGCAGAUGUCGUCCAGUGUGCUGCAGAACAGAGCUUCACUGAACUGGGGCUUGGGUCUCACACCCCAGUGGGAUUCAUCCAGAACUUGUUGGAAUUUAUGCAUGUUGACCUGGGCCUACCUUGGUGGGGGGCCAUUGCCAUAUGUACGGUCCUCGCCCGCUGCCUCGUCUUUCCUCUGAUCGUGAAGGGCCAGCGAGAAGCAGCCAAGAUCCACAACCACAUGCCAGUGAUACAGAAGUUUUCUACUAAAAUCAGAGAGGCCAAGUUGACAGGAGACCAUGCUGAGUUUUACAGGGCCAGCUUAGAGAUGACACACUAUCAGAAGAAGCAUGAUAUUAAACUCUCCAGGCCGCUCAUUCUACCUCUCACUCAGGCCCCCAUCUUCAUCUCCUUCUUCAUUGCCUUGAGAGAGAUGGCCAAUCUGCCUGUGCCCAGCCUGCAGACAGGUGGGCUCUGGUGGUUCCAAGACCUCACGGUAUCUGAUCCCAUCUACGCCCUGCCCCUGGUAGUCACUGCCACCAUGUGGGCUGUCCUUGAGCUAGGUGCUGAGACAGGCGUGCAGAGCGCUGACCUCCAGUUCAUGAGGACUGUUUUCAGAGUGAUGCCCCUGAUGCUCUUGCCCGUGACCAUCCACUUCCCCUCGGCAGUGUGCAUGUACUGGCUCUCCUCCAAUAUGUUCUCCCUGUGCCAAGUGGCCUGCCUCCGGAUUCCAGCUGUGCGCACAGUGCUGAAAAUCCCCCAGCGUGUCAAACACGACACUGACACACUGCCUCCCCGGGAAGGCUUCCUGGAGAGCUUCAAAAAAGGCUGGAAGAAAGCCGAAAUUGCACAUCAGCUCCAAGAGCGUGAGCAUCGAAUGCGGAAGCAGUUGGACCUAGCAGCCAGAGGGCCCUUACGACAGACUUUUACCCACAACCCUCUGCUACAGCACGAUCCAAGUCACCCUCUCAACACCCCCAAAAGCAGCAAGCCAAAGUCAAAGCCUUGGCAUGACACACUUGGCUGAUUUCUAGUCUGUGCUCAUUCUGACAAGAACUCUGCAUCUUCAGGGACUCCUCCUCCAAACAGACUUGAUGGUGUGUCCUCGCCUCCGACCUGGCAACUCCAGGACUUGGAAGUGUCCGUUUUAAAACGUAUUGCCACUACAGACUCUUACUCCUGUGUAUAAAAGCACUAGAGAGCCAACCGGCCUUCUCAUCCAGCGUCAGUAAACGUCUGUCUUGUCUGGGC